AUGGCUAAUUACUCUUAUGAAUCGUCAUCGUACUCAUCCAGCAACGGUGGCUUUGGAGGAGCGGAUGCUGCUUUCCAACAAGCCGAUGCCAACCGUGAUGGCCGUCUUGAUAUCAAUGAAUUUCGUAACUUUCUCGGCCAACAAGUAGGUGGUGCCGGUGGUGCUAGUGGUGCUGGUUACAGCUCAAGCUCAUCAUUUGAAUCAGCUUCAUAUGGUGCUGGAGCUGGUGCUGGCGCUAGCUACGGCGCUGCUGGCUACGGCGCCGGCGCUGGUGCUGUUGGCUAUGAAGCUUCAUAUGCUGCUGGCGGAUCGGGUGGUGCUAGCUCGAGCAACUACGAAUCAUCGUCAUUCUCAAGUGGUGGAUACGGUGCUAAUGCUGGAUUUGCCGCUGGCGGACAAGCUUAUGAAUCAUCAUCCUCAAGCACUCAAGUGCAACAAUAUGCAACUGAUGCUCAAGGUCUCUUCAGAGAUCCAAACCCACAAAUCAUCCGUCGUCCAGCUGCAGGUGGCGUACAAACAUACACCCAAAACAUUCGAGUUCGCUUCCUUCAACCACCACCAAUUCCACCACCAGGCCCACUCAUCAUCAAAGAAGUGCGACCACCUCAGCCACCUCCACCACCACCUCUCCGCAUUCGUCAACAAGCCCCACCUCUUCCUCAACCACCUCCACUCAUUCUUCGUGAAAGACCACCACAGCCUCCAGCUUCAAUUGCUUCCCAAACUGUUAUCCGCCGUUUGGCUGCACUUCCCGUUCCACCACGAUCGGUCGUCAUUGAACGUCUUCCACCUCUUCCACCACGACCACGUGAUAUCAUCAUCGAACGUUGGAUUCCAUAUGGUGCCCAAGCUAAACGAAAAACUAUUGUCCAACGUGCUGCUGCUGCUCAACAAUAUGCGCGCCCACGUAACGUUAUCAUUCAAUAUGAACCAGUUCAAGUUCGUAUUGUUCGUCAAUUUCAACGUCUCGGUGUUACCCAAGCUAAUCCACAAGCUUACGUCCAACAAUACGGAGCUCAACUUCUUGAUGCUGCUACACUCCUACAACAAGCUCGGGCUGCCGGUGUUGUCGAAGAUAUCUCGCCACCAGCUGGUGCGGCUGCUGUUGGUUUCGGUGCCAGUGCAUACGGUCAAGAAUCAGCUUUCGCUGCCUCAUCUGGAUUCGAAAGUGCUACCGGUUUCGCUGCUGGCGGCGCUGGCGGUUUCGCUGCUGGCGGUGCUGGCGGUUUCGCUGCUGGUGGUGCUGUUGGUCUCGAUGCUGGUGUUGGUGGUGGAUACAGCUCAUCAUCGUCCUACGAAUCAUCAAGCUUCCAAUCAGGCGGUGGCGCAGGUGGUUACGGAGCUGGCUUUGCUGCUGGCGGAUUUGGAGGAGCUGAUGCCGCUUUCGCUGCUGCUGACGUCAAUCGCGACGGAAGCAUUGAUCAAAAUGAAUUCCGCAGCUUCAUUGGUCAAGGUCUUGGAGGUGGUGCUGGUGGCUAUGGUGGUUCAUCAUCAUACGAAGAAUCAUCAUUCAGUUCAUCACAAUCCUAUUAA